AAAACAACAGGAUGGCUGAUUUUGCAACAGGGACAUGGCAGUUAGUGGAGACUGAAAACUUUGACGCAUAUAUGAAAGCAGUGGGUGUUGGUCUCGUGAUGAGGAAAAUGGCGGCAACUAUCAAACCUACCCAGGAAAUCACAGUUGAAAAUGGUAGGUGGAAAAUAAAGACGAUUUCGACACUGAAAACAACUGAAAUAGACUUUGUCAUUGGAGAUGUGUUUGAAGAAACGACAGCAGACGGUCGGAAAGUGCAGACCGUCAUGUCAAUGGAUGGACAGAAACUGAUGGCUACACAGAAAGGUGAUGUGGACUCCACAAUAUGUCGUGAAUGGUCCGGGGAUACAAUGGUUAUGAAACUCACAGCGCAAGAUGUAGUUUGUACAAGAACCUACAAAAGAUCAAAAUGACACUCCAAAUUUCAUUGUUUUUAUUGUUAACAUUAUAGAAUGUGAAAAUAGGAGAAAGAGAUAAAAAAAAUGCCAUACAAGAAUUGAGCUUCAAAACUUUGAUAAAAAUGCAUGGUUUAUUUGUAUGGAAGUUUAAAAUGGCACGACUGAAGAUUCAAGCUAAAUUAUAUAGAAAUUUCGUGGUUUUUUUACCGUUUAAAGUAUUGAAAAGUGUGACAUACAUGUAUAUUAUGAUUUAAUCUAGUCUAAUUAUGGAAUAUACUAACCGUAAAUGUGUACUUUAGAAUGUGUCAAAAAAAGCAAAAUUAUCUCUCACCUGCACGCUUUAUAUUAAA